AUGUCAGCAUGUGGCAGCUGGAGCAUUUUGAAUGUGAUCUCCUGCCUGGAAGAAGAUGGGCCAGGGGCCCCCGGGCCAGGCUCCGCCAGGGCUCAGAACUUCGGCCGUGGCUCUGCUGCUUUGCGCUUCCUGGUGCAGGCUGGACCGGGAGCUCAGGGAGUAGAUCCGCUGCAGCCGCCUGGUGGCUCCUAUUCUUGGGGGCCGGUGGUCCACCAUGUCCUACUUCCCAACCCGCCGGCGCCACCUCCGACCACAGCACCUUUCGUUGCAGGCAGGCCCUGCUACACUCCCGGCAACUACACCUAUGCCCAGCGUUCCGCUGCAAACCACUGCACCGGGCCUGUUGACCAAUCCUUGCACAUUCCCGCGGCUCAGCUCAUCCAUGUCAUCUUCGCAGCAUCCUUUCCAGUGGAGAGCUUCCUGCCGAAGGAUACCCCGCUGGCGGGCUGCCACGGCUUCGAGGAGCAUUGGGCUCUGUGUACGGAGACGCCGUGCAGCGACUUUGCUCAGCGCAUAGACUGUGCUUGGGGUGCGUGGGGGCAGUGGGAGUCCUUCGGAGGUUGUUCUGGUCUUGGUGUUCGCAGCCGCAAGAUCUUCAGGAUGAACAGUGAAGGUGGGGCACCUUGCAGCGGUGUCAAGGAAGAGACAAUGCAGAUGGACAAGUACUUUGACAGUGAUUGUCUGAUGGGUAAUCGGGACUGCGAAUGGUCGCCGUGGACAGAUUGGAGCCACUGUGGCUGCGACGUUUGUGGCGAGGAUCGCAAAGCGCAAACGGUUAGGGUGCGGCACAUCGCGAAUCAGGCCUUGGGUACUGGCAAGGCCUGUGCCGGAAAGUUCAACAUGACAAAGACGUGUGGCUUCGAGAUGCCCGUACAAUGUUCGUUGAGUGAAUGGGGCCAGUGGACGCGCUGCAGUGCGACCUGCGGUGGUGGGGUCCGUGCCAGCUUGCCGAGAGCUGAGCCCUCUACGAAGGUGACAUGGAAAUACACUCAGAAUGCUGUGAUUUUGCUCAGACUUUCAAACACGGUGAGAUUUAUUUAUUCAGGGGUUUAUGAAGUAUGA